GUUUCGACACUUUAGUAAGCUACAUCUAGCUAGAAAGGCUCUCGUAGAAGUUGUUGCUGGGAUUUCCAAGGGUGUUUUUUCAUGGGCCUUGCGGAAGUUUGGCAAAGUAUCUGCGUCAUAAAGGGUGCGAAGGUCGGCGUUGUCAGACGCUUUCGGCUCUCACAUCAACAACCUUUUUUUUUUUUUUUUUAACUUCCGCUAUACGCGAGCUAAAGGUUUUAUUCUUCGCCACACGAAAAUAGAAGAGAAAUUAAGAAAAGGUUACAGUGACAUAAAAAAAAGUUUUUCGCUACACGGAAAUAGAAGAUAAAUUAAUAAAAGGUUACAGUGUUUGACAUAAAUGAAGGCCUUUGAGAUACCUGAACUAGAUAAUGAUAAAUAAAAAACUUAAAACUCCAAGAAACAAAGAAAGGAAAAUAUUACCACAAAAACUGAAAAUAACUUAUGCCAACGAUUGAUAAAAAGACGAAAAAAAAAGAAAAUAGAAGAAAAUAAUGAAACAGAGAAUCAAAAGUAUAGAAAAUAGACGAGGAAAACAAUAGAAAGUGAAGCUGAGUAAAAAUAAGUAAGAGUAAGAGAUUGCGAUAAAGAGAGACACUGAAGAAAAAGCUUGAAACUGAGAAAAAAAGCAUAGAAAGGAAGAGAAAGAAAUUUAACAAAAAGUAAAGCUAAGUGAAGGUAAAUAAGAGUAAGUAAGAGACUGCGAUAAAGAAAGAGAGAGAGAGAAAAAAAAAGUGAAAUAUAACCCACUGAAAAACAAAAGAAGAAAAUACUGAGACAGAAACGAAAGAAGAAAAUUGAAGAGAAAAAUAAGAAAUAUGAGUAAGUAAGAGAUUGCGAUAAGGAAAGAGAGAAAGAGAGAGAGAGAGAGAGAAAACAAGUGAAAUAUAACCCACUGAAAAACAAAAGAAGAAAAUAUUGAGACAGAAACGAAAGAAGAAAAUUGAAGAGAAAAAUAAGAAAUAUGAGUAAGUAAGAGAUUGCGAUAAGGAAAGAGAGAAAGAGAGAGAGAGAGAAAACAAGUGAAAUAUAACCCACUGAAAAGCAAAAGAAGAAAAUAUUGAGACAGAGCAACAAAAGAAGAAAAUUGAUGAGAAAAAAAAAUAUAUAUAAAAAGUGGUUAAGUGCAGAUUUAUAAGUGUUAGUAAGAGAUAAAGAAAGAGACAGAGAAAGAAAACAAGUGCAAUGUAACCCGCUGAAAAAUUAAAAGAAGAAGAAACGGACCAUAAUUUAAUAAGAAAAUGUAAAAAAAAAAAAAAAAAAAAAAAUACCACCAGAAAAAAAAAUGAUAAGUGUAAUGUGACUCUUGUGGCCGCCUCAGAUUCGCCUCAUUCGCCUCGUCCUUGGCAAUAUAUCGGCCGCAGGAAGUCACGCUCGCCCAAUCUCUCCUAGGAUACCUAACUCCCCACGACUACUACUACUACUACUACUACUAUUACUACUUCUACUUCUACUACUUCUACUACUACUACUACUACUAUUACAACACACUGCCCGCUGAAACCACCACUACUACAACAGAAACAACAACUACUACUACUACUACUACUACUACUACUACUACUACUACUACCACUAAUCUAAACCUUCGUCCGCUACAACCUACUUUCUUUUCUGAUUCUAUGUUUACAGCCUCGCUCGCAACCUUCCCUGAACAUAAGCUUCCUAACACCACUGCCAUACCAACACAAGGCUGACUCCUGUGUUUCUAGGUCAACAGGUUAAAUAGUGUUUGGGAACGGUACAGUAUGUUUAGACUGAGCACCGCCCUGACACACCUCGAAUAGCUAGACCUGAGCCUGGUAGUAUUUGAUCCGAUCUCUUAAGACAACAGGUUGGAUCCCAUGUUUAUAGAUUCAUAGGUCCCUUUCAAUUGCAUUAGUUUGUUUGCUCUCUAAUACUGAAGAGAAGAGAGACUGACCGACAGCAUCCGAUCCCUUAGGACAAGAGCUUAGAUCCCAUGUUAAUAGAUUCAUUGGUCCCUCAGUUUGCAUCCCAGAGCUUUAAAGUGCUUACGUUUGCCUGCUCUGAAAUUAAAGAGAAAAAGACGGACUGACAGAGAGGCAGACAGAGUUACAAUCUGACAAAAAGAAAGAAAAACAGAUACAGGAAGACAGACAGGCACACGCACACGAACACACACACACACACACACACACACACACACACACACACACACACACACACACACACACACACACACACACACACAUCACCAUCACCACCACCACCACCACCUUCAUCUUAUCUGGUCUCCGCGCACAACUGUUUACUGUGUUUGUACUCGUUCUUCGUUCUUCGACGUUUUGACAUUUUCCACCAUUCCCCGCCCCGGCCCUUCGCCCCGCCCCGCCCCGUCCGCCCCACAGCCCCGCAAUGAGAGCCCUGAUCAGGAGUAACCCCAAGAUGGAACAUUUGAAGGGCGAUGCGGACCAGCAGACGACGGAGGCACAGCUGUCGGCCCUGCAGGAACAGCUGGUGGCCGUCAUGCUGGAGAACCAACACUUGGCCGAGGAGGCCAAGGCGUUGAGGGAAGCGAGCGCCGCGGAACAACUUCGGCAGCAGCUUGAGAGGGAGAGGGAGAAAAGCAGGAUACUGAUGGAGCGGCUGCAGGAGAAGGAGGCCAAGGAGAAGGAGAAGGGCGAGAGGGAGGCGAGGGAUAGGGAGAGACACACCAGGGAGAAGAGUCUGCCUGCUGGAGAUAAGUCGCCGAGCCUGCCGCAGCGGAUACGAAAGAGAAUUAACCAGAUGCACAAGACUCAGUCGUUCGAGGUGGAGGACAGCUGUCCCGGGCCGCCGCCUCAGAGCCAGAAUCAGGCGGCCGACAGACUCCGGCUACAGGUGGACGAGAAGGCCAGCCCCAGGUCCCCCUUCGACCACCCGCCCGGCCAGAGCGUAAAGUACGGAGGAGAAGCAGCCAAUCCCAAGUCGAGUUCACCAUUUGAUGUUGUUGAAAGCCCCUCGCGUGGUAGGUUCGCCUGGAAGCGCCGUGGCUUGGAGAAGAGCAAGUCCCUGGAUCAGUCUGAGUUCUUAGCGUCCCUGAACAGCGCUAGCUCAACUUUGGGCGCGACGGGCGGCUCCAGCGUGGCCACCACCACCUCCACCACCACCACCACUACCAUCACCACCCCGCCCACGCCUACUACCGCCACCGCCGCCGCCGCCUCCGCCGCCUCCAGCUUGUGGCUAGACGACGACCCAAGGAGAGACCGAGACAGUGACUCUGAUGAUGGUGAGAGAGGGAAUGUAAGUGACACCGGCGGGGCGGACAUGGAGCACAGCCUGGGGACACAGAUAUCGGGGGCCACAAUGAGCGCCAAGGACCCGUGGUGGCGGCGGCUGGAGGUGAGGGUGGUGACGGCCAUAGGAGAGUUACUACGAGACUUCUCCGAGGUGGCAGAAGAGGAGCAGCCUGACGGAGACCCUGAAGGCGACCCGCUGACUGUUAAGAAGCUGAAGGAGAACAUUCUGCGGUUCGGGUGUGUGAUGCGGCCGCUGACGGAGCUCUCAGCGGUGGUGACGUCGCUGCUGCAUUGGGAGUCGCCCUCGGCCACUCUCCUCGCCCUGCUCGUCUACCUGUACAGCGUUCUCUUCGGCUGGCUGCUUACCCUCAUCCUGCUCCUCGCCAUCCUCAAGCUCUCUUUCAACUACCUGAAGAAGAGGGGAUGGACGCAGAUCUUCUUACGGCGGCUGCGGCGACGGGAGGGCGGCGAGUCCGUGGACGUGGCGGCAGGGGAGGCGGGGCUCGGAGACAAGUUCGCGCUGGUGCUGCAGGUGGCGAGGCGCGUCCAGAACCAGCUGGGCGCCGUGUCCAACGCUGCCGAGAAGGUCAAGAAUCUAUGUCUAUGGGAGCACGAGGCCACACAGCGCCUCUAUCUGUUCCUGUGCGUGCUCCUGGUGGCCUCGGUGCUGCUCCCCGCCGCCCAGCUCUUCACGCUCACGGGGAUCUACCUUGGGCUCAAGUUCUUCGUGCUGGACUUCAUCUUCUUCCGCUACCCGAGGAUCAGACUCAAGUACGACACCACCUCGAGGCUCUGGGACACGCUGCCCACCGAUGCUGACCUGGAGAGGCGCGCCGAGAAGAACCGCACCGACAACGGCAAUUCGUCCCCCGACCUGAGUUCUUUCUUGGAGCUGUUCAACCUGCCGCCCACGGAGACCCCGCUACCAGGCUGGCAAAGUGGCCGACGCUGCACGCUCGUCAACCGGGAUCGCUCCCUUACCUCCGCCUUUAAGAACGGCCGCCUCUACCUCACCAACAGCUUCCUGUGCUUUGAGCGGAGCAAGAGUCACUCGGCCAAGAACCUGAGACUCCCGCUGAAGGAGGCGCGGGUGGAGAAGGCCAACAGUUACCCGUGGAUCCCCGGCGGAGGAAUGGCUAUCGAGGUGUCCGUGGAUCGCAAGAGCUACUUCUUCGCCGCCAUCCUCAACCGAGACGACGUGUUUGACGGGGUGCUGGAGGGCUGCCGACGGGCGGGCUCCUCCAGGUGUGACGCCCCGCAUCCCGUCGAGAAGCCCAAGGAGCCCAAAGAACCCAAGGACGCUAAGGAAAAGGAGCCGAAGGACGCAAAAGAGGCCAAGGACAAAUAAAGUGCCAAUAAUAGUUGUAGUUUUGGAUGUGUUAGAAUAGAUUAGGGGAACAGAAGCUCAAGGAAUCCCAAGACGUGAAAAUCAGUCUCGCAAGGAACUGGAAAAGGCCGAGGACAAAGACCAGGAGAACGCCAAAGAAGAGAAAGAAAAAUAAAGUGCCAAAACAGAGGUAGACGCAGAUGUGCUUGAAUAGAUGACUGAUAGUUUCAAGGCGACACGAACAGGGCAUCGAGGAGCUUAUAAUCAAGGAAGUAAAGAACGUUGAGAACAAGAACCAAAAAGUCGAACCAAAGAAGUCAAUUACAAAUACAGUGCCAAGAAGGUAAUAUAGAGUUGUAGAUGUGCUGCAUAGAGAAAGGGAAGUCUGUAUAGAAGAAACGAAUAUAAGGACACGAACGAAAGGCCUCCGAGAACGAGAACCAAAAAGUCAAACCAAAGAAUUCAGUUACAAAUACAGUGCCAAGAAGAUAAUAUAGAGUUGUACAUGUGUUGCAUAGAGGACGGGAAGUCUGUGUAGAUGAAGGAAUAUAAGGACAAAAUCGAGAGGUCUCCGAGAACGAGAGCCAAAAAGUCAAACCAAGGAAUUCAAUUACAAAUACAGUGCCAAGGAGAUAAUAUAGAGUUGUACAUGUGUUGCAUAGAGGACGGGAAGUCUGUAUAGAUGAAGGAAUAUAAGGACACAAUCGAGAGGACUCCGAGAACGAGAACCAAAAAGUCGGACCAGAGAACCCAGUUACAAAUACAGUGCCAAGAAGGUAAUAUAGAGUUGUAGAUGUUAUUAAUAGAUGAAGAAAAGUCUGUAUAGAUGAAACGAAUAUAAGGUCACGAAAGAAAGGCCUCCGACGACGAGAAUCAUAAAGACGAGACGAAAAAGACGAGGAAGAAGAAGAAGAAGAAGAAGAAGAAGAAGAAGAAGAAGAAGAAGAAGAAAAAGAAGAAGCCCCAAAAGCCAAGGAGAAAUACAGCGCCAUAGAUAUAUAUAGUAAUCCUUUUUAAAGUAUAUGAAGAAAACAUAAUAAAUAGAAUUGGACACGUACAUAGAAAAAAACAACAAGAAAAACAAAACAAAACAAAAAAAGAGAACGGAUACAAACACAGCCAUAGAAAACUGCACACACACACACACACACACACACACACACACACACACACACACACAGAGUAAGGAAAGAUGGGUGGAGAAGGGGAAUAAGGAGUGUAGAGAGAGGAAAGAAGGGCGAAUAGGAGAGAAGGUGAGGAAGACGGUUAUUCAGCAAACCAAACCCGCGAGGAGGAAGGAGAGGCAAGGCAAACGAACUAAGUGCCAUUGUUAUACUGUGACGAGCUCGACGCCGCCUCUGUGACAGCCCUUGCUAGAUCAAACGUGUGUGUGUAUGUGUGUGUGUGUGUGUGUGUGUGUGUGUGUGUGUGUGUGUGUGUGUGUGUGUGUGUGUGUGUGUGUGUAUCGGAGCCUAAUCUACAGGAGAGAGUAUUCAGAUGUCCAAUGACGUAAAAAUUCACUCAUGAGAAUUCGAUUAAUCUCCUUCGUGGCCUUGGGAAACAGUUGAUUUGGGAGCCGACAGCGUCUGAGAAUAUGGGCCCCCGAGCCUGUCUGUCUGUCAGCAAGAAGACUGGUUUAAUAGAUCGUUCCCACAACCACGACAAGCACAAAGAGGGAAAGGCUGGGGCCGCUGCGGUGACCCUAGGGACGGGUGUGCCUGGCGUGGGCGUGGGCGUGGGUGUGGGCGGUGCUGUCUAAUAUUAAUGUGUAGCCUAUACCUAAAACAUACGCAUUUAUAUAUUCACCCAAAGAUAAGUAGCGAUGGUUUGGGAGACUCAAACUAUCCAUAUAUUUUAGCUGAGUAUGUAUAUAGACCACGAGAGGAAUAGUCUAUAUUAUCUAUUUUAUAAGAGAGCAUUAUAUGGCCUUGAAAAAUAAACUAUUUAUCAGCAA